AAAAAAGAGAUUUCUUGGGUAUGUAUUCAUGGCUCUUAUGAGUGAAACGAGAAGACCAGAUAUGGAUAAAGAAGAAAAAGAUCAUCUGCAGAAGAUGUUUAAGAGUCUAAAGAACCAGCCAGAAAUUGAAUGGGUGGAUAUAAGAAUAGUCUGGAAAGAAAUUUUUCUCAAUUCAAAAUGAAAGAAAUCGUCUAAAUUAUAUAAGAAUCUACUCAAAUAUUUUAAUCUUGGUGAAGAAUACCAAAAAUGAGAAAGCCAUUUUAUUAAAUAAAACGCUAAUAUCAAAAAUGCACACAGUAGAACAGAAGAUUCUCAAAAAUACAUCUAUCUGUCAUAAAAAUAGGAAUAGAAACAAAUUAAAAAGAAGGUUGCAGAAACUCAGAAAAUCUAGAAAUAUGAGCAUUUCUCUUCAUGCUUCUUUACCAGCCCCUCUCCGCUAUUCCACAAUCUACGAUUCAAAAUGCUCCCUACCAUAAAUCCCCAUCUUAUUCUUAUAAAAUCCUAUUCUAUUCUCUUA